GCGCAUAAAUUCGUGUCACCAGAGUCCCACAGCUACAGAAACUGUAAAUCCCAAGAAGACUCACUGGACUGGUUGCGGGUUUGUUUUAAAACUACACCAACAUGGCGAGCAUUUUACCCGGCGAGGAAGCUUUUUUUGACUUCAGAAAACAGUGUCUCGCAACCGAAAACUGGCUGAAUAAGUAUGACGAGAACGGGAUGCAAGUGUGGGUGGAAGUUCCUGCUGCAAAUAAGAAAAAUCACGUCCCUAAGGUCCACAAGAUCAAGUGUAAAAUGACGAUCAAAGACGUGUCAGCUGCCACCAUGUACGACGUCAUUCACGACGGUCAGUACCGUAAGACGUGGGAUCCUGCCAUGCAUGAAAGUUUCGACAUCGCCCGGCUGUCUAACAAUGCUGAUGUGGGAUAUUACUCAUGGGUUUGUCCAAAUCCAAUAAAGAAAAGAGAUGUUGUGACUCUGCGUUCGUGGCAGAAGAUAGAUGACGAGUACAUUAUCAUAAACUUCUCAGUCAAACACCCGAAAUAUCCUCCUACCAAGAAGCUUGUGAGAGCAGUUUCCAUGCUGACGGGCUAUUUCAUCAAACCCACAGGACCAAAUAGCUGCACUUUUAUUUACCUUUCACAGGCCGACCCUAAAGGUUCUCUUCCAAAGUGGGUGGUAAACAGAGCGUCCACGCGUCUGGCUCCUCGGGUGAUGAGGUGUGUGCACAAGGCUGGCCGGGACUACCCCGAGUGGAAGAAGCAGAACUCCCCCGACCAGAAGCCCUGGCUCUACCCCGAGCAGAACAAGCUGCCCAUGAUGGACCCUGCCGAGCUGUCGAUACAGAGAGCGGACUCGCUGGAGAACGUGGACGAAAGCUCCAAGCUGGACGCGGAGGACAGCGAGGACAGCAGCUAAAUCAGCCCCCAGCGACAGGAGGAAGGGUGGCCGAGAGGGAGAGAGAGAGUGGGAGAUGGACUGUAUAUACUCAUGGAAAAAAACAUAAGACUUGAGACCUCCAGCUCUCUGUGAGAUCACCAGAGUCCUCCAGCUUUCCAAAUCAGUGUGUGCCUUUUGGGAUGAGCAAGAGUAUGAAGUGUUUACAGCUGUCUUAGCAGAUGAAGCACAGAUCAAGUUCACCUCAGUCCGUGUAGAGCUACACGUCUCUCAUUAUCACGGUGUAAUUACAAUGUGCAGGGUUGGAGGUGUCGGAGUGUGACAUUGUUACAGCACUACAUUCACAACAGGCCCUCUGUCAGGCCAUUUUUAGCUGCAGCUACGUGAAAUACAAAACAAAAGAAGUGAAGCAUAAUCAUCCACUAGUGGCUUGUUACAAGUGACUGUGAAUGGAAAUAAGAUUAGGUAUUGUAGUUAAAGUUCAGUAUUUCUGACACUUAUUUUGUUACAACAAUAAUUAAGAAGAACCUUUUUUUUUCCUUUUGAAGGGUAUACUACGCAGACACUUGAAAUAGUCAUAUUUUGUUUAGUUGUAUUUAUAUGUUCACAAUGCUAAAAAAAAAAAAAAAAAAAAAACAGGUUUCAUGUUAAUCAGUUACCAUGAAACUUGUUAUGGUUGAAAAGGUUUUGGGUUUGUGCAGCAGCUUUGGCUGUUAGUGUGGAGUCUGUCUUUCAGAAAUACAGUUUUUGAGCUUAAUGCAACUUCAUUUGCAACUGCUUUUAAAUGUAAAUAUUUUGUAGUUAACCUGAAGUUUAUUUACAGUUUAGAGAGCACCUUUGCUGUAAAUUUGUCUUCACUGUGUAAUGAACAAGACUUUUUGGAGGUUCGUAGGAUUUUACUCAGAUGUGCAAUCUAAGCAUCUUUGGUUAUAUAGGUACUAGAUUUCCACUGACUUCGCAGUGAGGACAUGGGAAUGAACAUCUAGCUAGGCUGUAUUAGCAUGUAAAAUGUACAUGGCAAUGUCAAUUUACCUCAAGGAUUGGAACAACCAUAAAGGGUAUCUUUUAUUUUAUUUAUUUGAAGUAAGCACAUGUUCAGAUGAAGUCAUGAUGGACAACAGACCCUAGAAUGAAGCCCUGCUGGCUGAGAACAUUACUUUUUUUUUCUUUAAAAUAUUUAAGAUAAGAAGGUUGCACUGUCUUGGCAGUUAAAAAAAAAUAAUAAAUCUUACAAGGUUGACACAC